AUGUUUUUCACAGCGAUUGUUUUGGUACUCAUAAUUGGGAAAUCAAAUGCCAUUACCGAUAUACUUAGUUCUUGUGGAUACAUGGACAGUGGUAGCGUUCUAGAAGUCAGCUGUGAGGUGCGUUCGGAGUGGAGGUUUUCAGAAUUCCGCCAGUGGACCCUGUCACAGAGCCGCCCAGCGAUACAUUUGAACAUCGCGUGUAAAGGUGGACAACUCGUGCUCACUCAUCCAAUAAAUGCCAGGAAUCUGACAGAACUGCGGAUAAGAGAUUGUCUUAAAAUAGAGGGGAUGUUUGCAAACUUUGAAGAACGAGAUCUGGGGAACGAUGCCACUGAGGAUUUAAGGGAUACCAACAUGACAUUACGAGUUUUGGAAAUUACAAAUUCUUCGUACUUGUACAAUACCACAAACGUUCUUCAGCAUUCAGACUGGUUACAGAGACUUUACGGUUGCGUGACCUUCUUUCCUCGAGGGCUCCGUGUCUUAAAACAGAGUAAAACAAGUUUUGAAGGCGAUUUUCCCGGAUUUCAAGACUUACCUGUCGGAAAUGACUGUGAUUACAACGAUUUGGAAGUGUACGAAAAGUCAGUUUUUCAGUCGAAGUAUGCCUUUUUAAGCGAAGAGUCAGAGAAUGAAAUAUUUUAUUUUCUACGUUCUGGAAAGUUUAAGAACUUGCGUAUUGCAAAUUUCUCAAAUGCGAAUUUACACUUUGUACCAACCCAUUUCACGGAGUACAACUGGUUUCGACGUUUUGAAUCCAUCGAAAUAAUUGAUCUUUCGUACAACAGAAUUAAGGAAAUCCCUUAUCUAAGGAGACCAAACCGAGGCGGUGUAAAAAUCAUUUUACAUCACAACAAUAUUUCCAAAAUUACCAUGACCUUGAUAGACAAACUUAAACAGCUUAAUGGCAUGCUAGUUGAUUUUUCUAAGAACACAUUUUUUUGCACAUGCGAGAACGACCAAGAAAGGAUACUUCGCUUUGUCAAGAACAAGAUUGAAAAAAACUGGGCAAAGCCCUACCGAUUCCUUGCAAACGAAACUUGCUCAUUUCCAUCAACUUUACAAGGGAUGACCUUCAAAUCCCUUGACGCUAAGCUUCUCUGUCCAGAAAUAUCCGAAUACCCGAAUAUGACCUUCAAAUCCCUUGACGCUAAGCUUCUCUGUCCAGAAAUAUCCGAAUACCCGAAUAUCUCGUUCAUCAUUCUAAUUGUUCUGGCAGUUGUCGCCCUUAUUUGUAUUGUUAUUAUGUUUAGGAGGGAAAUCAGAAUGUUGUCCUACACGAGACUUGGGAUCCGCCUCUGGAGACAAAGAAGAAGCGCCACCAUUCGAUUGAAGGAGUACGACGCCUUCAUAUCCUACAGCACAUUGGACGAGAGUUGGGUCUUAGGAACUCUUUGUAAGCGCUUGGAAAAACUUCGGCUUUGUCUUCACCAUAAACACUUUGUUCUUGGGGCCUGUAUAUCGGACAACAUCAUUGAAAGUGUUGAGAGAAGCAGACACACGAUAAUUGUGUUGUCCGAAAAUUUUCUGCAGAGCGAGUGGUGCCUUUUGGAAUUCCGAAAAGCUUUUCAUCAGACUCUACUGGAAAGGAAACGUCAUUUAAUUGUUAUUUUGAUGAACAAUGUUAAAAUUGAUACUCUUGAGCCGGAAAUGAAACAUUUCUUACGAACUCAUACCUACCUUAAGCUGAACGACUUCUUGUUUUGGGAUCGUCUUAUUUACGCUGUUUCGGACGCAAAGUUUCAAUCGUCCAAAAAACGGGAACAUUCUGGGAAAGAAAAUUCCUUGUCUGUAGACAAAAUGGAGGUUGAUCCUCUAAAAUCAGACUCUGUAGUCACGGUUGAUUAUAGUAACUAAGGAACAAUGAAUAAUGUUAGCAACUUUCCCAACUUAUGUACCAUACCGGUUAGAUUGCACUGCAAUUUAAAGACGAUGGCAUUAGGAAUAACUUAAGUUUUCUUUGUUGCUUGCCUAUAGAAACUCUUUAUCAAUAACUGUUUAUCUCACGAAUCUUAGGUGAAGUAGAUAUGAUAUGCUGAAAAAAAAUUGCUUAAUUAAGGACAUGCAUACGCAAGGUACCUUACCUUUUCAAGAUAUUCUUUUUAACUUACAAUACCAUUACAUGUUCUUAGACAAAAAAUCAUCAUGUGUUACCAGGGGUUUUGAAAAGAUAUCAAAUUAUGAAAUGUUUUGUAUUAUUGAAAGAAAAAUGUACAAAAAUCACAAAACAUCAAUUCCAGAUUUUUUUUCAUCAAAAUUUGGUUUAGAAGAGGUGUACAAAUCCAUAUAUAUAGACGUUUAAAGUAUUUGACACAGGUCCUUCUUUUAGUGGAACUCUUCAACUCCAGGGAAGAAGCCAAUAAAGCUCAAACUACGUUGCGUAUGACCUUAUGAUUGUAUGUUAAUUGUUGUACAUCUUAUUCGAAAAUUUACACAAAAUUUAGUAAAUUAGAUAUUUUUUUAUGAUUACGUUUUGUGCAUGUUGAUGCUUUAUGCCCAUUCUAUAUCUGUCUUUUGAUGUAUAUAUAUAAAAAAGUUAUUUGUUUCAUGAUA